AGUCGAUACUGAGCGUCGAGGCGUGCGGCGGUAGUGAUGUGGGCACGCGCUGCACGCGCAAGGUUGCAGCGUUACCGCCGUCGCCACCGCCGAAUUCGUCCCGUCAACUGCGCCACAAGGAGGUCCAAUGCGGAAUAAGCGGCGCCCUCUGGGGGCAUGGGCGAGCCGCCGCUGCGCCACGGCUGCGAUGACCACUGGUCAUGGGACCGGCGAGACUGCAGCCACGAGGUCCGCCUCUACGGGCCCUUCCUGCAGGUGGCACACUUCCAUCCUAACUGGAGCAGUGGAACAGCUGGGGUGCGAGGAACACGGGUGCUCAAUCAUGGCCGCUACUACUGGGAACUGCGAGUGUCACACCGUGUCUUCGGCACCAGCAUGAUGUUCGGCGUGGGUACACGGCGUGCUCGUUUACAUGUUGACGCUUUCAAGAAUCUGCUUGGAGAGGAUGAAAAUGGAUGGGGGCUCUCGCACAAAGGCCUGCUGUGGCAUGGUGGCCGCUGGACACACUACACACGCCCCUUUCAGGAGAAUGAAUCUACAACUAUUGGAAUCUUAUUUGAUGGGAUAGCAGGAACAAUUACAUACUACAAGGAUGGGGCUUGCCUUGGUGUUGCUUUCAGAGGCCUUAAUGAGGUGCGUGAGCCCCUGUAUCCCAUUGUUUGUUCAACUGCAGCAAAGACCGAAAUGACAUUAAUAACAACAAAACGUGAUUUUGUAAACCUGCAAGAUCGUUGUCGAGCUAUCAUUCUGAAGUAUGUGCGCACACGGAGUGACCUACAGCUUCUUAAACUACCACAAAGUAUCAAGGAAUAUUUGUCUGAGACUCUAACAGACACUGUUCAAAUAUUCAAGCCAUGCAAUGAAUAUGUGCAUAUAGUGUGAUAUUAAUGAAUUACUCAGGUAUUUGUAUGAGAAGUACAUAGUUUGUUUUAUUUAUUGAUUUGUUUUUAAUUUUGUGUGGACAUGCAAAAUUGUUGUUACAGGUGUGAUUACAGCACACGUUUUAAUGCUCAUCUGAAUGGUACAGUGAUGUAAACUGGCAAACAGAUAAAAUAAGGGAAAGGCUGCUACUCACCUAUAAUGGACAACCGAAAACAGUAUUCACACUAGCUUUUGAGCAAUGGUUCUUUUUCCAGCAAUAGCACACAUACACACACAGUCACACAGACAUCCAAAUGCAUACUUGCUGUAGUGAUGGGAGUGUGCAGUUGGGUUUCUGUGUCAAUGUGUGUACUACUGCUAGAGAAAGAGCUAUUGCUCAAAAGCUAGUGUGAAUGUUCUUUUCUGUUGUGUGUUUAUAUGCUCCAUGCAUUGAUCUGAUACAAGUGAGUGCUUGCCUUUCCUUUAUUUUACAUUUUGCUCCAGCCAGGAAUUUCCAUUAUUGUUAAACUGGCAAACAGUUGUAUAUUGUAGCUUGAUACUUCUUAUUAAAUUCUGACUGUGAACAAUAUCCUCAGAAGUUUCUUACCUGAAACAAUACUCAUUCUAAAGGUCAACAACUGAAGAUAAUCAUUAAAAAAUAAUGUUUGAUGUAAUGAUUGUAAAUCGAUAAAAAUGCUGACCAGCUAUAUACUUACUGAAAAAUACUGCAAAAAUCUGCAUUUUAAGCAUACAAAAUUUUAAAAUGUGCAUACCUUUACAAAUAUAUUACAUUAUAUUGUAUACUUAGGUAUUUGUUCUAAGGGACUCAAGUACCCUUACCUACAGUUAAUUAGAUGGGAAAAGUAAGAAAACUCAAGUCCAUUGCUGUUGUUAUGUUUCAGAAACUUUAUUCUGCAUGUGAGAAUGUAGUUAAUGUUUCCAGUGUAUAAUGUUUAUAUAAAGCUAAUAGUUGACAGUAUGAGCAAAUGUGAACUAUUAAGAAUGAAUUAACUAAUAUAUUCCCCAGUGCGAGGCAGAUGUACCAUAGAAGAAGAAUUUGUGUAGCCAAACACCAAAUCUAGGGCAUCUUGGACUGCUGUUUCUUAUGCAACUAGAAGUACAAUAACAGAAACCAAUAAAGUACUGUAAUACUAGCAAAAUAGCAGGCUUAUGGGAUAAGAAUGACUGAGAAGGAUUACUUGAUUAGCAGUUAGCUAAUGAAAUAUAAACAUAAAUUGGGGUAGUUAAGUACAAACAAUGUUACUCCGUGAGAAAUUAAAGAAAACAAAAAGGAAGAAUGGAUAAUAUAAGAGAAAUAUGAGGGACAGGAAAGACCUAAGAAGAGAGGACAUCUGUAAAGUUGAAAUAGUGUAAGAGAGCAAAGGGAGGAGGGUGAGAGAUCAGAAACUGAAAGUUAAGUAGCUAGGUAGAAAAUUGGGACAGAAGACAAAACAGUGGUGUCCAAAUGUCUAACUGCAUCCAGUAUAAUCUCAGAAGGCACCUUCAAUAUGGAGGUGAUGGCAUACAAGCCUACUUCCUUAAACAAGUUUCUCUGUAGUAAGGCCAUUUCCAGGGGCACUGCAGGGCUAUGAAUUUGGGGUAACAACACUAUAAUGAGUCACAAGCAUACAGAAUUAAUUUCAGCUGAUUUCAGAUAUUGGCUGUAGGGUUAUUUAGGUGAAAUUGGAAGCAGGUAACUUCUACAAAAUACAGCUUACACUGAAGUGAUUACACACCACUUUUUGCCCAUCUACAUUAAUAUGCUGCAAACCAUUCCAAAAUGCAUGGCAGAGACUGCUUUCAGUUGUAUCAGAAAGUACAGCUUCUUCCCAUUCCAUUCACAUAUGAGCAUGGGAAGAAGGACUGUUUAAACACCUCUGUGCACACUGUAAUUAAUCUAAUCUCAUCCUUGCAAAACCUAUGGGAGUGAAAUGUAGUGUUUUGUAGUAUAUGCCUAGAUUCAUCAUUUAAAACUGGUUCUUAAAACUUUGUGAGCAGCCUUUCUCAAGCCAGCCUAUGUCUAUCUUCAAGUGUUUGCCAAUUCAAUUUCUUCAGCCUCUCCAUGACACUAGCCACAGGUCAAGCAAACCUUUGACCAUUUGUGGUGCUCUUCUUAGUAUACAUUCAAUAUCCCCCCUAAGUCCUAAUUAGUUGGGGAUUCUACCCACUUGAGCAGUAUUCGAGUGCGGGUUGCAUGAGUUUUGUAAGCAGUCUUCUGUGUAGAAUGAUUGCAAUUACCUAGUAUUCUACCAAUGAACCGAUGCCUGCCACCUACUUUACAUAUGACAGAACUUACAUGAUAGUUCCAUUUCAUGUCCCUUUAAAUUGUUACAGUCAGUAUUUGUGAGUUGACCAAUUCCAGUUGUGGGUCAUUGAUAUAGCAGUCGUUUGAUACUACAUUUUUUGUUUUGUGAAGUGCACAGUUUUUAGUGUGAAGAUAAAGUGAUGAUCUUUCAGGAACUCAGUUAUGUAUUACACACAUGAAACACACUAACUCUAUUCAAUUAUACUCUUAUUUUAUAUCAGUUGAUUGCCACUUUGCAAGAUUUUUAUCAUCAUUGGUCACCCUUUAUUGAUAUGAAAAAUAAACUUCUCCCUUCCACUGCCUAGAAUAUAUAUUUAUGCUCUAUAAUCUCUUAUGCAUAUAGCAUCUCAUGCACUGAACAUUUCCUUUGCUAAAUCUGACAGCAUGCUCUUUUCCAUUUUUGACAUCUAAAACCUCAAAGCAAUCCACUUGGAGAGUGGCUUUAUAAAAUUUCAACUGUGUAGUUUUCUUUUUUAUGUGGCUAAUUCAGUGAUUAUACCUUAAUGGACAUUAUUUCUAUAUUUCUAUAUUUCUUCAUGUAUCUUCACAAGAAUAUGAGACUUUGGCCAUUUGGCUUUAUGUGGCAUCAACCUCUCUGGAAGCUAGAUUUGUGGUCCUCUAGUUGCCCAUAAUAUAAAGAGGGGAUAAUGUAUUCAGACUGACAUUUUCACCCAGUCAUAUAAAAUGAAAUCAUAUUUCUCUGGGAAGAUCAUCUAUUACUCAGAAAAUAUGGCAGACAGAUUGAUGUUAUUACACUUGGCAAUAAAUCAUGACUGCUGUGUGAAGUGAGCAAUGAGUCUCCUGCAUUCAUAUAUAUUAAUUUUUACAAAAUAUUCUUCCUGCAUGACCAGUAGCAGGCUUUCAGUAAUACCUGAAUCAAUAUCACCAAAUAAUUGGGAGUUCUAGAAGCAGUUGAAGGUUUCUUCAUUCUGUAAUUCAUACAAUGCAAUAAUCCCAAUGCCAAGCCCACCUUUUGUUCCUAUGACCUAUUCCACUAUUGCCUUCAGGAUUGUUGUGAGAUGGGAAGCAUUAACAGCAUUUAGUAUAUGCUAUCAAAUCUCUUCUCACAUCAGUACGGUAAGUAUUAGUUGAUGCAGGAAAACAACAUGGCAUUUAAUGCUGUCCACUGAAUACUAGUACUAUCAGACACUACUAAUGCUCUCUCUUUCACUUAUCUUUUCAUCCCCUUUCCCCCUUCUUCUCCUUAAUUAAAAAAAAUAUAUUUUCAAUCUCUAGUGUUCCUUCCUGUUCUCAUCUGUUGCCUACUUAACCCUUGAAACACACUCAUAUGAUAAAUUUUUUUGCAUGCCUUCCUUCAUGUGUGCUCUAUUGGUGAAAGAAGGCAUAGUUGUGAGAGCUGUAAACUUUGUAUUGAUUUCACAGAGUGCUUUUUAUCCAUUCCAGAAUUUUUAUUUUUCUGUUAAGACUAACUACUUCAAAAUUAGAUUUUUUUAGUAUUUCUUUCAGGCUUUUUUUCAUUUAUUAUUUUUUUUCUUUUUUCAGCUCUGUGCAACAUACAUUUAAGAUUCCAUAAUGUGCAUCAAUGUAUUUGAAACACUUUCAAGAAUGACAUCACUGAAAUAACGUAAUUGUACAGUUGCAAAAAUAUACCUGAAAGUAAAUUUCAUUCAGUGUCUGCUUUGGGGUGAAUAAUUCAGAUCACUGUAGUAGACAUUUCAGGACAUAUCACUAUAUGUUCCCACUAUAAUAUUAUUUACACUUACUCCAAGUUACAAAAUUGUUGGUGACAAUUAUCAUCAUUCAUAAAAGCAUAAUUUGCAUUUCAACAUUUUGGGAAAUUAUCUGGGAUAUGAUUAUCAGUAACUAGGAAUGAAGUGUGAAGUAAUUAACUAUUCUGCAUAAUAUUACACAGUAAAUUUUUUACACAUCCAAGAAUUUCACACUAAAUCUCAUGUUAAUAAUACAUGUUGUAAUAGGUGGGUGGAAAAAGGCAUUUUUGUCAACUGACAUGUAGAAAAUGUGCAAAUCAUAGGUGAAGGACCCUCAAGUACUGCAGUGUCAAGACAGAGUAUGCAAUCACUGCUGAGGUGAAUCUGCUAACAUAUUUGGAAUCAGUGCAGAGCCAAAAAAUGCCUGCAAGACCAUAGUGAAUGUUCUUACAAUUGCUUUUCUCAAAUAAACUGCCUUUGAAAUUAUGGUACACUUGCUUAAAUCCUAAAUUUAGUUUACUUCAGAAAUAAGACUUCACCAGAACAACCAUAAGCCAGUUACUCAGUUGAUAUACUUAUCAGUUAAUGCAGAUACAGAACAAGACCAUCACCAUGUGUAUUUUGUCUCUACAGAGAAUACAAAAUGGAAUGUAAAGGUGGACAGGGCUGCUAAUGCAUAUGUACCACAUAAAAACAAAUGUACGUAGAGUGCAAACAAGAAGCAGUAUCCAUGAAAGCAUUAAUGCAACCAACAGAAAAAAUAGAAUACUAAUGUGAAAUAGCUUAUUGUACGAAUGUUUAUGAGCUGUUAAAAAAACUAUGUUGGACUUGUUACAUUUUGAAAACAGUAUUCUUUGAAAUGUGUAAUCGGAAAGCAUCUUGUGGACUGAAGUCCAUUAUCUUUCAGUUUAAGUUUACAGUCCAUCUAUUAAGCAUGAUCAGGUAACUCAACUCUGUGUGAAAGAUAAGCAAUUAGAUUUGGGUCUCUAUGUGGCAGAACAAUUUUAACUACUCGUAACUGAUCAUUGUGGCAAAUGCUCUGAAUAAAAACAGAAACUGCAUCUCAGUCUUUUGUAAUGAUCAAUAUUCUUUUAUGUCUGAUGACAAGAAUUAUACAUCUUACCUGAGUUUUCAAUGUUAGGAGCUCUCUUUAAUAAAGUUCACAUUUUUCAGUUUGUAAAGAUUAUGUUAAAACAUAGACAUUUGCAGAAGAAUAUUAGGCUGGUAUCUUUCAUAUUGCGUAAUGAGAUGUUUAACCAAUUGCCAUUUUCGUUCAGACACUCUGAAGUAAUCUUGUAAACUCAUAUGCUGCAAGGAACUGUACUAAAAUUAAUUAAAUAUAGUGAUUUGUUGAUAAACUGCGUGUCUCAGUUAUUAGUUGAACGAUAAGGAAAUGACAGUUUAAAAGUUAAUGUUUCUGUCAUUGAGGACAGUGCACUCAAAUGUAUUAUGUGACAUGAGAUAAUACUUGGCAGGAAGAUACUGCAGAAGUUCAUAAAUUAAAACAAUUAAGAGAAGUAAAAUGUGGCCACAUGCCAUCCAUAGAUAACUAUUUUUGUAUGCAGUUCAAAUAUUUGUAAACAGUAGUUCUUAAUAAUGCUGGGUGUUCAUAAAAAAGGACAGUUUUGAAAAAUAACUUUUGUACUUUAAUAUCAAUUCGUUUUUAAAUAAUUACUUAAUGUCUGUAACUGAUCUGCAUACAGCAGACAACUACGUGAUAAUAUAGUUAACCAUAUUAGUAAUUUAAAACUGUAUAAAGAUCACAAUUUUAUAUGAAUUACACCUAUCACUAGCUGCAGUCUAAUAAAACUGCAAAAUAUAGACCGUGGAUAUCUUCAGCUCGUGCCAUAUUAAAACAGGUGCAAUAUGUUUAAAACCAUUGCUGAUUUAAUUAUGUGUGUGGAUGACAAUUGUUACACAAUGGCUUGUGUAUGAGUUCAUCAGAGAAAUGUGCAAUUUAUAAUUUGUAAUUUGUUGUUUUCAUUAAAUGUGUCCAUGUAAAAUCUCACUUUUAUUAUUCAGCAGUGUUCAUGAUCUCAAAGAAGCAUGUGGUAAAUGUUUUCCACAGAAUUGCAGAAUGUUUCACGUUGAACUU